GCGAACAGUCCUCCUGAAGCGAACUGACACACACGGACGCACGCACUCUCACCCUCGCACACACUCCAUUCUAUUACUCUGUUCUACUCCAGGAGACAAUAAGACACAGUGACCCAGACUCUCUGCACGCGGAUUUAAAUCGGGGAGAGCCGGCACCAUAAAUCCCCAACUGGCUGGUGCGUGCGGCAGGACGGAUUUGACCAGUGCUGAGGAUGUCUCGGGCUCCGGGCCAGCUGUGUCUCACCAGCACAGCUCUGUCUCGCCGCAUAUGAGAGAUCCCCGACCGGUUUCGCCAGUUCACUUUCACUGGUGCAGCUCAAGAUUCUGCAAACAGUGUGUCUAGGUCUCACAGCUGUCUGCCUUCAUCCGUCAUAAGGUUUUUGGAAUUUUCCAUUUUUUGGUGUCGGGAGGCAACUGUAUCACCACUUGCUGGUAAUCCAGCAGGCAGCCUGCCCACGCAUGCCCUCACGGCGCUGAGGUCAAAGACGGUGCCAAAGGCCUGCAAUUAAACCAAUAGGGAGUGUGGAAGCAGGGGCCAAUCAUAUGAGAGCGAUGCAGCCGCAGAGGCAGUGGGCGGUUCUGACUGUACUGUCAAUCAUUUUGCUGCUGUGGGAGGAAGCGGCUGCCAUCGAGGUCCCUCCAGACCCAAAGAUCCAGCAAGACUUGAAACAGCCCCCUACGAUUGUGAAGCAGUCAGCAAAGGAAUACAUUGUGGACCCCCGAGAUAACAUCAUCAUUGAGUGCGAAGCCAAGGGGAACCCUGUGCCAACUUUCUCGUGGAGGCGGAAUGGAAAGUUCUUCAAUGCAGAGAAGGACCCACGCGUGUCCAUGCGGAAGCGCUCCGGCACAUUGGAAAUCAGCUUCAGGAGCGGGGGAAAGCCGGAGGACUAUGAAGGGGAAUACCAGUGCUUCGCCAUGAACGACUUCGGAAUCGCCAUAUCCAAUAAAAUCCUGCUGCGGGUGUCGAAGUCUCCGCUGUGGCCGAAGGAAGUCUUGGAGCCCCUGAUGGUGAGCGAGGGCUCGCCGCUCGUGCUGGUCUGCAACCCCCCUCCUGGGCUGCCCCCUCCCACCACCUUCUGGAUGAACAGUGCCAUGAUGCCUAUCAUACAAGAUAAGCGGGUGUCCAUGGGCCUGAAUGGUGACCUCUACUUCUCCAACGUGCUAGCGAGUGAUGCUAACACCGACUAUAGCUGCAACGCUCGAUUUCUCUUCACACACACCAUCCAGCAGAAGAACCCAUUUACCCUCAAAGUGCUGACAAAGGAGCCUUACAAUAACACCCUCUCCUCUCUGAACGACACUGACCCGUACGUUGUACGCAACAUUCCUGAGACCACGCCCACCUUCCUCUCCCCCUCUGGGACAUCUAGCUCCAAGAUGGCACUCCGUGGGGAGGAACUUCUUUUGGAGUGUAUCGCUGCAGGAGUCCCAACUCCCGGGAUCAAAUGGUUUAAGAAGGGAGGGGAUCUGCCAGAGAAGAAGGUGAAGUUCGAGAGCUUUAACAAAACACUGCGUAUAGUUUCUGUGUCGGAGGAGGAUUCUGGGGAAUAUGUCUGCAUGGCCAGCAAUAAGAUCGGGAGCAUCCGACACACAGUCUCCGUUCAGAUCAAAGCUGCUCCCUAUUGGCUGCAGAAGCCAACCAAUCUGGUGCUUGCUCCUAACGAGAAUGGCCAGUUGGUGUGCCUAGCCAGCGGAAACCCCAAACCUAGCAUCCAAUGGCUCAUCAAUGGAGAGCCAAUAGAGAGCUCCCUGCCGAACCUGAGCAGAAAGGUGGUGGAUGACGCCAUCAUCUUCAACUCCGUGCAAAUCGGCAGUAGCGCAGUGUAUCAGUGCAACGCCUCAAACGAACAUGGAUACCUGCUCGCCAAUGCCUUCGUCAGUGUACUGGACAUGGCGCCGCGGUUACUGGGCCCCAGGAACCAGCUGAUCAAGGUGAUAGAGCAGAGCCGAGCAAUGCUGGACUGCCCCUUCUUUGGAUCUCCUGUUCCAGAAGUGCGCUGGUUUAAAAAUGGCCUGGGCAUUGCUCCGGAUAACGUAAAGUACAGACUACACAAUAAUGGCACUCUGGAGAUCAAGCAUGCCCGGUCUGAAGACCAUGGGACCUAUACAUUUGUAGCCAACAACAUCUUAGGCCAGGCUGAGGAACAGAUCCGGUUGGAAGUCAAAGAGCCAACACGGAUAGUCCGGGCACCAGAGCACCUGUCUGUCAAUCGGGGAAAUACAGCUCACUUUGACUGCAAGAUAAAACAUGACCCCACCCUCCCCAUCAUCGUCACCUGGCUCAAAAACGACAAACCUCUCCAUUUUGGCUGGAUGAGCAAGUUUAAGAAGGACGAAAACUCGUUAUCCAUUCCCAACGUAAACAGUGAUGAUGAAGGAACUUAUAUGUGUAUGGUCAAGACAGAGCUGGACCAGGACUUUGCUUCAGCACGCCUUACUGUUUUAGAGUCUUCCUCAAAACCUAGUGCCUUUACAGAUCGGCCAGAUCCUCCCGAGGACCUAGAGCUGUCUGACCCAGCAGCACGCUCUGUCCGUCUCACCUGGGUUCCCGGCAAUGAUAACAACAGUCCAGUCAGACAAUUCCUUGUUCAGUAUGAAGAGAAUCGCUGGAGGCCAGGGGAAUGGCAGAACCUGUCCAGUUACACAGGCGACCAGAACUCAGUCAAUCUGCUGCUGUCUCCCUUUGUGAACUAUCAGUUCCGAGUCAUUGCCAUCAACAGUGUGGGGCCAAGCCGUCCCAGCGGGCCCUCGUCACGUUACCAAACCAGCGGAGCUCCUCCUGAUGUCAUACCUCAAGGCCUAAAAGGGUGGGGCACCAAGAAGACCAACAUGGAGAUCACCUGGCAGCCGCUGUUGGACACUCAAAGAAAUGGGCCUGAGUUGCGUUAUGUGGUAUCAUGGAGGAGGAAAGACUCUCAAGAGGAGUGGAAUAACAUCAGUACUACCAGUUCUAAACACGUGGUCAGUGACACAGAGACCUAUGUUCCCUAUGAGAUCAAAAUCCACGCAGUCAAUGACUUUGGACGGGGCCCAGAGUCGAGUAUGGUCAUUGGCUACUCAGGGGAGGACAGACCUUCUGCUGCCCCGGCAGAGCUCAGGGUGACGAAGGCCGACAGCACUAAAGUGAAUUUGCACUGGGUCUCUGUUGACCCCACCUCCAUUCAUGGAGAGUUCAAGGAGUACAGACUGUACUACUGGAGGGAGGCCAGUCUGGUGAAGGGCCUGAGGAUAAAUAAGGAGAAGAAGACCAAAGUCUUCUCCAGUGACGUGUCUCAGAACACUGGCGUCCUCACUGAGCUGAUCCCAUACAGCAAGUACAAGAUGUACAUGGUGGUGGCCAACAAUAAAUUCGAGGGACCACAUAGCAACAUUGUGGAGUUUCAGACCAAGGAAGGAGUGCCUGGGGUUCCCAAGUUCUUCAGGAUUGUGCAGAGGAACACAGACACCAUCCAUCUGGAGUGGGACAAACCUCUCGAGCCAAAUGGGAUUCUAAUCGGGUACACACUGCAGUACAGGACAGUUAAUGGAACAGAGGUAGGCAGCCCGCAGGUCGUGAGCUUCUUCCCCAACGUGACAGAGUAUACCAUCCGGCUGCCUGACCGCUUCACCCGCUACAAGUUCUAUCUGUCAGCCCGGACCCAGGUCGGCUCUGGAGAGUCCUACACCGAAGAGUCACCUCACUUUGCCAAUGAGGAAGACUUUAUCACUUCAGUGAUUGAUUCGACAGAUGCCUUGGUGUUCGUAACUCCUCCUCCUUCUCCCCCAACCUCCGUCCCAAGCACAACCCUUAGUACCUCAACAACUACUACCACAGCCCCUACCUCAGCUGCUACCCCUACUACUGCUCCAACUACAGCUCCAACUACAGCUACAACCACCAUCACUGUCUCCACCACAACCCUACCCACCCCGCCUUUCACUACCAAGCGGGUGGACAUGAACAUACUGGCCCCGAACAUAAAGAUCUGGAAUCUGACCGUGGAUGCUAACAGUGACUAUGCUAACGUCAGCUGGAAGCACAACUUCCCAGCUGACAGCAGCGAGUUUGUGCUAGAGUUCACACUGGACAGUAAUGAGUCAAUGAAAAGUGUCCUGUUCAUAAACCAGCCCCCCAUUAAGCUGGCAGGGCUGAUAGCUGGUGCCAAGUACCGUCUACGUGUGUACUCCCAUGAGCAGCCCAGCGUCUCCAGCGAGUAUGUCACCUUCGAGACCAGCGGAGCCUACAGUAAAGACCACGUCGACAUUGCCACACAGGGCUGGUUCAUUGGCCUCAUGUGUGCCAUUGCACUUCUGGUUCUCAUCCUUCUCAUCGUUGGCUUCAUAAAGAGGAGUCGAGGAGGGAAAUACCCAGUGAGAGAUAAAAAAGACCUUCCUAUGGACCCUGUGGACCAGAAAGACCAGGAUGGAUCCUUUGAUUACCACAGUGAUGAGGACAACAAACCGCUGCAGGGCAGCCAGACCUCUCUGGAAGGGAACGUCAAGGAGAGUGACGACAGUCUGGUGGACUACGGGGAAGGAGGGAACGGUCAGUUCAACGAGGACGGCUCUUUCAUAGGCCAGUACACGGUCAAGAAGGACAAGGAGGAGACGGAGGGAAACGAAAGCUCAGAAGCCACCUCGCCGGUCAAUGCCGUCUAUUCGCUGGCGUAGGCUCCUCCACGCCUCUGCCCUGGGGACAGUGCUGCCAGGUGGUUGGAGGCUGCAAGUACACCCCCAUUUAAGUCAAUAUAGAUAGAAAGAGGAAUAUGGAAACACACAUAUAGAACGCUGGGGUGUCCAGUCUCUCUGAAGAGAGGAGGGCGAGAGGUUGAAUGCAAACCCCUGGUGAGGUCUCUGGGGGUGGAGGGGGGGGGGGGGGGUUCGGAACAGUGCCUGUGUCCCUAUGCCCCGCACAGACUUCAGGGCAUAGGCUUUGCCUUCAGGGCAAAGAGGCACAGGGAAGAUGGACGCAAUGUCAGACUUUCAGGCAUUUUGUGUGGCUUUUUUUUUUUGUUUGUUUGUUUCAGAGCCCACUCUUACCCCACUAUCCCCACUCUGUAGCUAGCAUCAAAGAACAGGAGACACAAAGCGGUCCUGUGACAGAUCGACUGUGGGCCGAAUAAUCUGCUACAGGACAUCGGCAAAUGUGUUUAUCAUAUUGAUAUUUCAGCAGUGAAAGAUCUUUUUUUUUUUUUUUCCCACAGCCAGUAGAUGUGUUUAAAGAAAAAAAAAAGGAAAAAAAAAAAAGAUUCAUGAAUGCUGUAAUCUGUGCCGACGCAGCUUGCUGUGUCAUGCGAAGCUAUGCACUAGGUAUUACCACACUCCACAUUUGAUUUGAAUUUGGGAGAUAAAUAUUUCUCAUUUUGCUUUUUCAUGUUGACUUAUGCAGAAAUGCUUCCAUGUCAGGGCUCCUGCCGGUGAAUACGGGCCCUCUCGUUUGCUGCUUCUUAGACACUUUUGCGAGAUUUUUGUGUAUUUCCAUUAGCUGCAGCUGUAGCGUUGCCGUGAUUGAACCCGGCAUCUAUAGGUCUAAACUCAAGCACCAUCACUUGAAGAAUGAUUAGUAAAGAUCUUAUUAUGAAGCAUGGUAGUCUUUUAGUGCAAGAGGCAACGGAGACGAUGAAAAGAUGUUGUCUCUGUAAGGGAGACACAUUAUCUCGAUAAAACCACAACUGUGUGAUCCUUUCCCCCCCCUUAUCACUGGCACUGUUUAUUACACUAAAGGAGCAGCACCGAAGCUAGAGCUGACACACACUAGUUUAUGUAGUAUUAGGGCUGAGUCCUUUGUUUUAGUAGGUUUGUUCAAUGAGUCUGGGAUGUCCAGGUACAAAUAUAGGUGGAGUGCCAGUGGGGAACGUUCAUUUAAAAAUGCACAAAUAGUAAUCCUGAAUGGCUUUCUAAACAAAAAAGUAAUAGCCAUACAUUUAGUUUUAAUAUUACUGAAUAUUUUCAUUUUCUGUUUUAAACAAAAGUUUGCUUAGAAAUGGUCCAAUUUUAUGAUUAGGCAAAUUACAAUAAGAGAUGUUUUAAGGAAAAAAAAAAAGAUUUAUAUAUAUAUUGAUGAGAAUCAUCAGUUUUGGCAUGUUUUCUUUCCAGAGCUUGGCCUCAACACUGCCCAAAAAGCCACACAAAUGUAGAUAUGGUGGCAUAAACUCCUGCGCUCACAGAUACACCACCACUCUUUCUACUGCACCGAUCCAGUUAUUUCUCAGAGGCACCGUGUAUGUGGAAUUAUAUAUUUAUUUGAAUUUAAUUUAUAACAUUCAUAGGACUAAUGUAUUGAUGAUUAAUUUAAUGAAUAAACCAAAUUUAACAGCUUGUCUCACAACAUCCACAGAUUGAAAGUUGCAUCAUGAAAGCUUCUUAACAUAGGGUAAAUAUAUACUUUAUGAAUCUGUAUUUAGACCCAUAUUAUGUGGCAAUGAGUGGGCAUUUCUGCUGUAAACUAACAAAAUGUAAUGUCGCCAUUAAAUGUGUUUUAUCUGUUGGUUGUGCUGCUGUUUUAGUAUUACUGUUAUAAUGUGUUGAUAUUUUAGAAUUUAUUUAAUGUAACUUUUACAUGAUACAGAAAGGAAAUAUUGUUUAUUUAUUUUACUCAAAUGUGGUCUCGUGUCCUCUUUCGUCCAUGUAAAUAAUGGUUUAGAAUCUUGGAGACUUCACACUUUAUGAAACAAAAUGAAUGACAGUGACCAAAAUGGUAGAUUAUUAUGGAAACAUUGCGAAUGAUGCUAAGUUUAGAUUGGAUAUUUUAUUAGAUUCAGCCAAUAUGACUGGCUCAGUACUGGUCAUGGGUGUUUCAGUGCGGCUAACUCGUAUGCCCUCUGUUUUUACUGUUGGCAUAGAUGUCCACUCUGCAAUGUUAGAUUGUUUCUCCCAGUUAUCCGCAGAGAGCUAUGGGCAGGAAUCUUAAAUGAUGUAAAUAGCAACUGCUGUAAAACCAUACUAUUGUAGCAUUUUGCAUCGACCUACAAAAGGUGUCUUUUGAACAAAUGGCACUUUGGGAGGCAAAAUAUGUUUUUUGGCACUUCUUCUUUACACGUUCCUGCACCUCGGUAUCAUCCAAUCAGACUACAUGGUCUUGUUCCCUCAUUACACCUCUCACCUCUGACAUCAGCAGGUCCAGCUGACCACAUGACAGCCCUACGGAACGGCUUAAAAUCAGGUCUCAGCUUCCUGAAAGCAAUGUGAUGUCCUUUAUAAAUGCCUUUAUUAAAGAGAAUUUUGUUCAGCUAACUCACUGAACCUCAUGUUGGUCUUAAUCAGUUCUGCUUUCUCUAAUACCUCAAAGCAAUAUUCUGCAUGUUUGUCUGUCUCUUUGCUUUCCUUUGCUGUCAUGUAAUUUGGUACCGGAAUCGACCAGAACUUUGACUGCAGCCUACAGUGACAUACAUGCACAAAUAUCCCCCAAGAGAAGCUGGGUACCGAGGAACAGUGACGGUGCAUCAUUGCUGAGGCUUCAAAACGUGUAGAGGGUAACGGUAUUUCAUGUCAAUUUGUAAAGCCCGUGGACUCACAGACUUUGUGAAAAAGGCUCCAAUACAAACAUGCUCAGAGUAAAAGAUACCAUUUGGUUUGUCUGCCUAUAUUGUCCUUCUCUUUGGGGGACGGCGGGUUGGUCCCUUUGACAGAUACCUUUGCUGCACUCAUAGAUUCUUUUUCUUUUUCCACAAAGGCCAAAAGAAGAGAAUACUGGACUGGCCAAGUUCAUAACAUGUUUUGUGAAUAUGUCGAUGCACCUCUGCUUUUGUCUUUCUUACAGCUUCAAUUUGUAUCUGACUUUCUGUGAAAAUACAUACUCUAGUCAGCGCAGACUCUACGAAAGUAGGUGUGUUUUAAAUAGCAAGUGUCAGAGUUGAAAUAGAUAUGCACUUGCAAUACGGAUAUUUUGACAUUUUAAUUUAUUUUGCUUUUAUAAAGUAAUAUAAAAUAAUAUGACACCACAUUUCAUAUCUGCAAAUUAUUAUUAUUAUUAUUAUUAUUAUUAUUAUUAUUAUUAUUAUUAUUAUUUUGAAGCACUAGUUUUGUAUUAAAUACUACAUUGUUUGUGUACCAAGACAACUCUGAUUUACUGCUUCUACAUACAGGGUAACAGUGUUUUAUGUAAAUCUAGUAAAAAGCAAAAUGACAUAUUACCAUAUUCACCAUGUAUGCGUGUAUGAUGAGAUGCUGCAACUUAGUCUGCUAGAAAAGCCUUUCUUUAUAGUAAAGCUAUGCCUUUUUCUCUA